AUGGACUACCGGCGCAUGUUGAUGAGCCAGGUCAUCCCGGGGCAAUUUGACGAUGCGGAUUCCUCCGAUAGUGAAAACGUGCACUUGAAGACAGCCAGAGAGGAAGAUGUUGUUUCACUUGGAGACCUUAAAAAUAAGAAUGAAGACGAGAUAGAAGAGGAGGAGGAUGAGGAGGAAGAUUAUGAUGAAGAUUGGGACUGGGAUGAUGGAAUUGCAAAACUUACUAAGAGUUGUGCAUUGAAUAGAGGGAGUAACCCUCAGGCAAAUCAACGGACUCCAAAUUGCAGUUCUGCCAGAAUGUCUACUCCUUCAGCCAAGGUCUUACAGAAAUUUGAGAAUAAAGCAAAUCUAGAUAAACUCAAUGUUACAGAUUCUGUCAUAAAUAAAGUCACUGAAAAAUCUAGGCAAAAGGAAGCAGAUAUGUAUCGCAUCAAAGAUAAGGCAGACAGAGCAACUGUAGAACAGGUGUUGGAUCCCCAAACACGAAUGAUUUUAUUCAAGAUGUUGACUAGAGGUAUCAUUUCAGAGAUGAAUGGCUGUAUCAGCACUGGAAAAGAAGCUAAUGUGUACCAUGCUAGUACAGCAAAUGGAGAGAACAGAGCAAUAAAAAUUUAUAAAACUUCUAUUUUGCUAUUCAAAGAUCGGGACAAAUAUGUAAGUGGGGAAUUCAGGUUUCGUCAUGGCUACUGUAAAGGAAACCCUAGAAAAAUGGUGAAAACUUGGGCAGAAAAGGAAAUGAGGAACUUAAUCAGGCUAAACACAGCAGGAAUACCGUGCCCAGAACCUAUAAUGCUAAGAAAUCAUGUUCUUGUCAUGGGGUUCAUUGGAAAAGAUGACGUGCCGGCACCGCUCUUGAAAAAUGUUCAGUUAUCAGAGUCCAAGGCUCGGGAGUUGUAUCUGCAGGUCAUCCAGUAUGUGAGGAAAAUGUACCAGGAUGCUCGUCUUGUUCAUGCAGAUCUCAGUGAAUUUAAUAUGUUGUAUCAUAAUGGAGAUGUGUACAUCAUUGACGUGUCUCAGUCUGUGGAGCAUGACCACCCACAUGCCUUGGAAUUCUUGAGAAAAGACUGUGCCAAUGUCAAUGAUUUUUUUUUUAAACACAACAUUGCUGUGAUGACUGUGCGGGAGCUCUUUGAAUUUGUCACAGAUCCAUCAAUUACACACGAGAACUUGGACGCUUAUCUCUCAAAGGCCAUGGAAAUAGCAUCUGAAAGAACUAAUGAAGAAAGGUCUCACCAAGACCAUGUGGAUGAAGAAGUCCCAGCAAUCCUGGAAAACCAAGAUAAAGUUGAUUCUGACUCAGAAGAUUCUGGAAGCUCUGAGUACCCUGAUGUAGACUCUGAAGGGCAGGGGGACCAUGCCUGCUCUAAAAAGUACACCACUGAUCCAGAGCCUGAUAAAAAGGAAAGGAAAAAACUGGUGAAGGAAGCCCAGAGAGAGAAAAGAAAAAACAAAAUUCCUAAACAUGUGAAAAAAAGAAAGGAAAAGACAACGAAGAAGAAGAAAGGCAAAUAA